AUGGAUGUCAUGUACCGAAGACACAUCACACCUCCUACUGCAAACCAAGGAUACCAUCUGGAUGGUAUCUAUAGCGGCUCUGUCUCGGAUGGCUCCUUUUACUCGCAGAAUACGUCUCCGGAGUCCGCAAUCACGAACAUCACCACACCACCCAGAUCGCCUAUCCGCCAACAUGGGCCUCUACUGUUGCCGAAGAUCAGGUCUCAAGACCAAACCACCGAACCGGUAUCAGGCCCUGUUCGUCACCGCAGGACGGUGUCAACCGCUAGUACAGAAUUUUCUGCCCACUUUACUCCAUACCCGCAACGGACUUCAUUGCUUCGUCGGUCGACUAGCCCACCAAAUCACUCCACGCUAGUUUCUCCCGUCUCAGCUCCUUCACCUUACGAUGCCGCCUUCCAUUCGGCGCUAAACUCACCAAUUGAUUUUGCUUCAUCCGUUCCGAAGCGUCCGUCUCUUGCACAGGCGCGAUCCCACUCCACCUCGGCCAUCCGCACGCAUUCUCGGUCAGGCUCCGCAUCCAGUGUUGACGAGAGUGUCAUUGGACGCUAUGGAUUUCCUACCUACCGGAAGAUGCCGACUUAUAUCACAGCAUCGUCACUUGCCUCGUGCCAGACUACAUACGCAACAGCAUCACCAGCCUCGUGCUGCCCACCGGAGCAGCCUUGGCAGCUUCAGAUCCCUCAAGUCCAGCAGCCUGCUCAGCUGUCGUUACCCACGGAGCUCCAGUACGAGACAUUCACUCAGCCACCAGAGACCACAAGCCUUAUGAGCUAUCUCACCGCAUCAAACCCAUCGCCCGCUCUUGUCCGUCGCGUCACGACCGUUGGUCGAGGCGUAAACACUCACUUUUGGUGGGACGUCCGCAACCUCCGCAGCUGGACAGACUUCAACAUGUCCACUAUCAGCUCCAUUCCCGGUCUUCUCCCCCUCUUGAACAUACCUGUCCCAACACCAGCGCUUACGGAGCCCGCCCGCCCCAACCUCCAGCCUGACUCCGAAUCCGCCCUCCACGACGUCUGGCGAGACCACCUCGCCGUAAAAGUGAACGCCGCUCUCAAAGUCGCCCAAGGCAACACGCACAUGGCGAUGCGUGCCAUUAAGCCCCAGCCCCACGCGCGCCAACAGCCCGAAUUCGUCUCGAACUACCAGUCCGACUACGAGAAGACCAUCUUUGGCGACGGCCGCGGCCGCGUGGUAGGGCUUGUCAAAGCCUACGACCAGUGGAAUACCGGCAUGCGCUCUGAGGCGCCCAACAAACAAGUGUACUACCUGCAGGGCCUUGCACAUCUGCACCGCGUGAUGCGCGAGCAUGGCUGCCGGUAUGGCUUCAUCCUCACGGAAAUCGAGCUGCUGUGCGUGCGUUGCGGCGGCCCUAGCGGAUCGGGCGCUGUUCAUGAUGUUACCACUGUCAAUGCGGACAGCAGUGUCCCGCUCUUCGGUUACCUGGAGCUCGCGGCGCCGAUCCGCCUUUCGACGCAUGGCAUGCAGCCUCAGACGAGUGAGUCACAGAUGACCGCGGGCUUGGCGUUGUGGUAUCUCCACAUGCUGGCGAAGGAGAGCCCACUGCCGGGUAUGGGCUCCUGGAGAAUGGAUGUUGGUGGCCCUGCCGCGCUGAGCAGGCAGAACGUCCUUGAGAAGGAUGACUGGAUCCCCAAGCCGAAUCUGGGCGAGAAGAGAGAGGCGAAGAGGGUUAGGGGGUGGGUGUGGCCUGAGGAGCCGCUAUCGAGGAAGGAAUGCGGGAGAGGCAAGAGGGUGAGGAAGGCGUAA